AUGAAGGAGGAAGAGGAGGUCCGGGAUGCUGGAGGGGGGAACGUUCUGUUGAUUUACACUCGUGCCGGCGGGUGGACAGCAGGCAGGCAGAGCGGAGACGGUGGUGAUUCGACGCAGAAGCCGCAACUCCCGCAGCAGAGGGAAGGCCACCAGGGGAAAGAAGGGCAGUUUUCGCAGCAGCAUAGAUUGGCUGUGAAAGUCUCCGAAAACCAGCUCCAGCAACAGAAGCUUCAACAGCAGAAGUUGCAGCGGCAGAAGGAGCUCGAGAAGAAUGAGAGUAAGAGCACACAGCACAUCAAGCUCCAGCAACAGUGGGAUGCAGAGGCGUUGGAGGCAAAGAAGCUCAGGCAACAGCAGUUGCAGCGUGAAGCCGACGAACAUGAGGCUCUGAAGCAGCAGCUGAAACUGAAGCAGCAGCAACAGCUACAAAAGUCAGCUCACAUUGAUAUUCCUGAGACCAAACAGCGACGAGAAGAGGUAUAUUUCGUUGAUCAGCACAGUCAGCAGCUGAUCCGGGCUGGUUCCCUUGGGAGUGGAGAACCGGCGGCUAUCUUGCAGCAGCGCCGGAGUCGAUCUCCUCUGCCGGCGCCUGCUCGAAGCCAGGCUGUGGGCGGCGAACGGCCUGUGGUUCCGCCCAUCAUCCACGCUUCCAACAGGGAGGUGACCCUCAGGGCUCCCGCAGAACGCAAGAGCAGCCUGACCAACAACUCCCUGCCCGCCGGACUAGCGCAGUUCGAGCGCAACAAGAAGCUCGAGAAGAGCUCCAGCAGCCCAGCCAUUCGAAUCAACGAGAGCACAGACGUCGCGAAGGGCCCGCCGACCGCCGUCUUACAGCACACGGGCUCGGCAGCCGUCGACGCGCGGACCGGAGUGAUCAGAGCCGCCGCGAAGGCCUACACGGAGAACUUCCAGUCGUAUUCGUAUUCCAGCUACCUCACCAAGAACAGGAAGGAUUCGGCCUCCGCCAAGGAUGCCCCUGUGAUUAAGGACGGCCUCGAGAGCCAGACUGAAGGAAAGGCAAGCCCCUCAGCAUCUAGUCCUCCGGAGGGAAACAGUUCAAAGCCACCGAGUCAAGGACAGCCUUCAGUGCCCGCGCAGAGUCCUAGUGGCCGGCCUCUCUCGAGGAGCACCGAAGGAAAGAUAAUCGUUCCUCUCACCUCGUUCACGCCCGGCAAGACCCCGGAGACAGUCGCGGCCAAUGAAAAAGGCUUCGGCAAGGCCCCGAUAACAGGCGAUAAAGACUUUAUUAUACCAAAGCCAGCAAAGCCAGAAGCAACCAAGGGAGGACCAGUAUCUGCAGUAGCCAAGCCCCCCGGACAGACGGUCGAGCAGCUGCCAUCCAAGACCCAGACCCAGAAGGAGCAGGCAGCCAGUGCCCCGCAACUGCAGCAGCAGCCGCAGACGCGAGGACCGCCCCCGCAGAAGGGCCCCGGCUCCUCCGCCAGCAGCACAGCCCUCCGCAACACCCCCGCCCCCGCCGUCCCCCCGCAAAGAAGCUCCCCAAGACCCUCCCGCCCCUCCUCUCCGGCUUCAAGUUCCCCCUCGGCGACAGGAUGA